AGGCAAGCAAAUCCUAAAGAAAGCUACAAACGUUCUGCGAAGGUUACAUUUGUAGCUUUAUGGCUUUAUCUUCAGCCUUUUAUAUGCUGCUAUAGAUUAUUUUAUAUUUUGCACGAUCGAUUUAGUGGACCCAAUGGCGACAUUCCGCUGCAGGAAAUGUCGCAUUCUGUUGUUUUCUGUGCGCGAAUUGGAGUCACACACAGUUAGUACCGAUCAAGUUAAUCAAGUAAGCUCAGAUUUGGCUAGCUUUGACAAGUGUUCUUCAUGGUUCCUGAAAGAUGAGGAUAUACUUCCCUGGAUAGCUGAAAGUGUUGAAGAGGUAGGUUUGCGUGAGGAAUACUUAGACUGAACGAAUGGUAGUUCCGAAAACGAAGCACUCGAAAACGAAGACCGAAGCACGAAGCACCCAAAUCUUGAAAACGAAGACCCCUAGAUCGAAAACGAAGCACCCAAAAACUCGAAAACGAAGACCACAAGAUCGAAAACGAAGCACCCAAAAACUCGAAAACGAAGACCACUAGAUCGAAAACGAAGCACCCAAAAACUCGAAAACGAUUCGUUUUCCAUUUAAUAUCCACACCCCCCCUAUGGAUGAGACUUUCUGAGGGGUCCCCUAAAAGACGUCAUUUUCUGAGGGGAUCCCUGAAAUACGUACUCAUCCAUAGUAAUUUCCAGAGGGUUCCCUAAAAUACGAACUCAUCCAUAGUACUUUUCUGAAGGGUUUCAGAAUAAAUCAUAGGUAUUUCUAAGGCGGCUCCAAUGUUUUUAAACUCAUCCAUUGGUAUUUCUGAGGGGGUUAGGGCAACAUUAUUUCUGAGGGACUGCAGAAAAAGGAACAUCAUCCACAGGGGGGGUGUGGAUAUUAAAUGGAAUGGCCCGAAGACCACUAGAUCGAAAACGAAGGCCCCUAAAUCUCGAAAACGAAGCACCGAAAACUCGAAACCGCUGUAGGUUUAAUAUCUACAACUUUACGUCUUGCAUGACGCAAUCUGAAUCAGGUGGAGGCAGCGGAUGCGUCCGCACCUCCAAAGGUCCACAAAAUCCAUCCCAAGGUUUUAUAAGAGCCUGCCAACUGUUUAACUGAACGUUUCUAGAUAGGAUAUCCUGUAUUUAUUUCAUUAUUAGUCUCGCUAUACUUGAUACAUCUUAUCUUAAUAUGCAUUUUUUCGGUACACAUGCAUGUUUAUGUGUUAGCAUUAGUCUCUGUUUGUAAAGGACAGACCAGUUUCGAGUUUUAGGGGUCUUCGUUUUCGAGGUUUGGGUGCUUCGUUUUCGAGUUUUGGGUGCUUCGUUUUCGAGUUUUAGGGUGCUUCGUUUUCGAGUUUUAGAGUGCUUCGUUUUCGAGUUUUGGGUGCUUCGUUUUCGAGUUUUGGGUGCUUCAGUUUCAAGUUUUAGGGUGCUUCCUUUUCGUGUUUUUGGGUGCUUCGUUUUCGAUCUAGGGGUCUUCGUUUUCGAGUGCUUCGCUUUUGAAAGUACCCUGAACGCCCCGUGAGAAAUGUUUCUUACAAAACAACUAUGCAACAGACACAAGCCAUGCAAACAACUUCAUAAAUGCUAAAAGUGAUGCAAGAGAGAAACCUCUACUCACAGGGUAGGCAUACCUUGAACUCAAAGUAUUGUUCUUGCACAAAAGUGUUUUGAACAUACAUGUAGAAGUCCGGAGAGCCGAUCAGUUGUAACCACAACUUUUUUUUUCUUCAGGCCCAAUGGACAGAAGGAAAAAUAUACUGCCCUAAAUGCAAAAGUCGCAUUGGAGCAUUUGACUUUAUUCAUGGCAUUCAGUGCAACUGUGGAAAAUUUACUAUACCAGCUAUCUGGAUUCAGAAAAGCAGAGUGGACCACGUCUUACCUAACAGCCAGAUAACUAAUUUACAUAUAAGAUACCCAGUCUCUUUUGACCCAUUAACAGAGGUGCAUUUAAGCAACAUUUCAGAGGAACAAAGAAGAGUAACUGAAAAUGAUUGCAAGUUACUUGGACUUGAAAAUGUCUGCAAUUCUGAGAUCGCAUCCCCAGAGUAUAAAAGUGAAGAGCUGGGUAGGUAAGAGAUGCUUUGUCAAAAAAAAAUGGUUCCAAUACAGCUGUAGAUGAGAAUACAACAAGUGUUAAGAAAACUUAAGGUACAUAGUGCUAUCCACUGGAUAGAUCUCUAUCCAUUGGGUAGAGUAAUUGGUGUCCCUAAUACGUAUCUGCUGGAUAUAUAGAAUACUUCAUGGAAAGUGUGGGCGUACGUUAUUUACACACUCAUUGUUUUUGUAUCAGAAAUCUCACUCAUUCGCUGUGCUCACUCGUUAUAUACAUACUGAGACAUUCAUCAUUUUGGCAGCCUUUUUAUUUCCAAAAUGCUUAAAUUUGCUACUUUGCACCUUGAAAUGACAAACAAAAUGAAGCUUCAACUUAUUAGUAAAAACGUUUGUUAAUAGUAUGUAUAUUUAAUGAGGGUAAGGAUAAGAGGUAAUCCAAGAAUUACAAGGAGUCAUAAAGCCCAGCAAAAUUCUGUUGCAUAUAAUAAAACAAUAUUUUGUUUUAUUUAAUAGUUGGCUACGGUGCAUCUACCAUUAAAGUGUGUGAACCAUUGUUUUUGUACUUUAAAUACAGAUCAAAUACUACGGCUAAAUCCCUCUGCAAAUAGCACAGUUAAAGAUAAUACAUGUCACAUGACAAAUAAUCAUGUCGGGCAGAAAUGGAAAAAGAUUAGAAAAAGGCAGCGGCAAGCAAGGUUACUUGAAGAUGGUGCCAUUGAUUUGCACGAUGAGAUGAAGAAAGAUCUAGAAGCCUCACAGGCAACCACUGGUUCUGGAAACAUGUACAAGUGUUUAAGAGUUGAUGAAGGGUUUGAUAAAUUUCCUAUCAGGCAUCAGGUAUGAGCAACAAGUACAUGUACAUAGUGUAGGUUAGACUGCAAUAUUGCAUUUUUAUAGAUGUUGGCUCGGUAGCAACGCAGGCAAAAGCAUGGGUGCAAGAGUUCUUAUUCCACUGCACAACAGCUAAGAUGCAAGCUUUAUGAUUGUCCCCUUGGACCAUUUGCAUCUGCGAAAGUUUCAGCUGACACAAGAUUCUUAUGCUUACACUAGGGCUUGCAUUCGUCUUGUGUCAAUUGUGAAAACCAGCUGAGACAUCUUUGACCCUCACGUACAGCCCUUAGCAAGGCUGUGUGGGAGUAUAUCUUUGACCCCACCUCCUUCGUUAACUCUGAUGAUGUGAGAAUUGAACUUGUUUCCCAUUAAUGAUGUUGCGAAAAAGAGCUGUACCAGUGAGCAUACCUUGACACUCCUCAGUCUAAUUUAUCUUUGAUGGACACUCCUCAGUCUGAUUAUACAUAGUCUGAUUUUUCUUUUAGUUUGAAUCAAAUUAAUAAUUUAAACUCUUCUUCAUGGACCAUAGACAACUAGAGAGGCCACACUUAUGCAAUAAAGAAUAAUUAUAAAGCAUGAAACAGCUAGAAUUAACACAAUCAUGUGCUCACACUUCCUAAUACAGUGACCCACAUAUUUCAGUCUCAGUUAUAUUGUAUUCUUGCGUUUAUGUUUGCAUUUUACAGGUUCUUACACAUGAAAUUCAGGACCGUCAUUGUUGUGCUGUCUGUCUCGAUCUACUUUAUGAGCCAUUUAAGUGUUCUUGCGAUCAUGUUUUCUGUGACCCAUGCUUACGUCAGUUGAACUUUAGAAUUGGUAGAAAUGGAACCAUCAGUUGUCCUUUGUGCAGACAAACAGUUGAGCAUGUGACUCCUGCCACAGGUACCACAGCCCUGUGUGUGUUACAGGUCAAAAUUAAAUUCAGGUAAAAAAUUUUGAACCUAGCUUGAUUCUCAACUUUCCAUUCAUGAAUUAGAGCUAGGAGACAAAGGAAAUAGAGAAUCAACCUACGUGAAAAAAAUUUACCUGAAUUUAAUUUUGACCUGUAACAUCUGCAUCUCAACUUUUUCAACAUUAUUGUUUUGCUAAAACUGGUUUUGGUAGUUAGACUGUUUACCUGUGUUGAAGGCCACCAUUCUGUAUGUCAGGAGCCCAUCAGCCGAUGGGCUCCUUUUUAUGUAUAUUUUUUUCAGUUUUAUAAAUAAGGUUCAAACGCAUUAACAGUACUGUUGAUGAGAGAGAAAUGUAAAAUUUUCAAUGCUUUCCUGGCAUUAACGUAAAAACGCGUAGCCAAAAAGUUUGAAUCAGGAUUAGAAUAAAAGGUUUUAGAGUUUCCAGUAACUUUGCAAUCUUUUUUUUAAAAAAACUACACGUUAUGUAAAAGGACUUGUUUGAAUUUACGUUUUAAUGUUGAUUCAUGAAAGAGUAAGGAAAAAAUGGCCAAAGUAGCAUUUUAAUGCUUAAACGUUCAUAAUUUUUCUCCUUCUUUUGUGACUCUGUAAGUUUGUAAUAACAUACUCUUUAAGAACAAUACAACUCAAACUGAAGUGCCUGAUGUUCUCUCUCGUGUUGCUGUUAUGGUUUUUCUUUAGAAUUAAGAAGUGAGAUAAGGAACACUUAUGAAACGCACAUUCUCAGGUAAGACCUCAUAAAAUAGGUGAUUACAUGAUUGAGCCUGGUCGAGCAAACUGUAGUUGUUUAACAAAAUUACGUGUAUUAUAGCGAACUCGUGUUCAAACGACGAGAAUAUCUUCAUUCUUAGACUAGCACGUCAUGCCAUACGGUGUGUGAUUUUUCCUUAAUACUUGACACUGAAUAACUCAGGACAAUGCAUGUAUGUCUUAUCAUAAAGGUAGCGUUACAAGUAUGGUUUUUUGCUGCUUUCACAAUAAUUAUUUAGCGACAACGUUCUUUCUUACGGUAUGGUGUAUGUUAUUUCUUGCUGUAGUAGAAGACUAGGAAAUGUAUUAUGUGUCGUAGCCCCUUCCCCUUCCCCACUACACGAAAGGUUUCGCUUAUUUGAGGCCAUGAACCAGUAUAUUUGUACCUUUUGUAAUGUGCUGUACAGGCUUGAGGUGUAGCUGUAGCUGGAGUGCUAAAAAGGAUGGCUAUUCUUUAGAUAUCGUCAUGUCACCAGCGUGGAAGAAUUGGCCGAACCUAGGACCCUCCAAAUCACUGUUAGGGCGCUCCCUCUACUCUUCUAGAGAGAGAGGCCAUUUACAAUAUUUGCAGUUGCGGAAAAGCUGUUUCAUGAAGUACAUAUUCUACCUAAUAACAAACUGGAAAUAAUGGUUCUCUGAAAAGGAGAGGGGUUUGGAUUUUUGGGCAGAUUAUACAUAUACAACGGGUACAAAACUUGCACUAUGGAGUUACCGUUAGAAUUUCUUUUUCCCUUAGGAAACGUGAAAAAACCGAGCGUCGUGCGUCCUACAGAAAGUGGCCGCUUCCUUCAGGGAACUUGCCUUCAAGGAGAGUUUCAUCACGUACACAUAAUAUUUCCGUCGCCGCUAUUCUAGAUACCUGUAUUAUAGUAAUGGUAUGCGGAUUCCUGUUAUUCCUUGUAUUAACGGUAGUUGUACAAGUUCCAUCUGACUGA